UUAACUGCAUGCAGGAAAUCUCUCACAUCCUGCGUCCCAGCUCGCUCCUCUCUGUAACUGUAUAUGAUGGUGCUAUUCUCCAGACCUAGCUGAUGAAAGUUUGUCUCUUUCAGUCUGGGCUAAGAUGUCAAAGCGUCUCCAUGCAGAGCAGCGGCGCUUCCCUCCUCCUCACCCCCCAGCCCAGAUAUUCAUGCUGCUGCUCAGCCUAAACUGGCUCUUUAUAGCAUCAUCCAGGGCUCAAGGAGAGAAUGCAGACAGUAAAUUGGAAUCCUCCAGGCAACAGAUGUCAAAGAACCAGUCAGAACAUUAUGAGAUAAUAAUUCCCUACAUUUUGAAUGGAGAACAAUGGAAACCAAUAAAUAGCAUUGAUUCAAAGAGUCACCCAGCACUGAUGAAGUUUCUAAUACAAACUGAAAGUAAGCGACUAGUCAUCAGUCUGGAGAGAAACGAAGGCCUCUUAGCUGAUAGCUUCACAGAAACACACUAUAUGAAAGAUGGCACUGAUGUCAUUCUCACACGCAAUUACACGGGUCACUGCUAUUACCAUGGUACUGUGCAAGGGUAUCCUGAUUCUGCAGUCAGUCUCAGUACCUGCUCUGGACUCAGGGGACUUAUUUUAUUUGAAAAUAAAACCUACAUUCUGGAGCCAUUGGAAAAUGCUACAAGUAAACACAAGAUCUACCAAGCCGAGAACCUGAAAAUAGCCUCCGGAUCUUGUGGCAACCAAUUCAACAUCUCUGGCAUCACUAUUGAUGACACACCACAGUCUUCUCAAGCAUUCACCAGCAGGCACAAGAGGGAGACUCUGAAGAUAACAAAAUAUGUGGAGCUUGUUAUUGUUGCAGAUAAUCGAGAGUUUCAGAGACAGGGAAAGGAUGUGGAAAAAGUUAAGCAGAGGCUGAUAGAAAUUGCAAACUAUGUCGAUAAGUUCUACAGGCCAUUAAAUAUUCGAGUAGCCCUGGUUGGAGUGGAGGUGUGGAAUGACAUGGAUAAGUGCUCUAUAACACAAGACCCCUUCACCAGCCUCCAUGAGUUUCUGGAUUGGAGAAAGCUGAAACUACUACCUCGUAAACCCCAUGACAAUGCACAACUAGUGAGUGGGGUGUACUUCCAAGGGACUACCAUCGGCAUGGCACCUAUAAUGAGCAUGUGCACUGCAGAGCAGUCUGGAGGAGUUGUUAUGGAUCAUUCAGACAGCCCUCUUGGUGCAGCCGUAACCCUUGCUCAUGAGCUGGGCCACAACUUUGGGAUGAAUCAUGAUACCCUGGAGAGGGGCUGUACCUGCAAAGCAUCUACUGAUAAAGGUGGCUGUAUCAUGAACCCCUCUACUGGCUAUCCAUUUCCCAUGGUGUUCAGCAGCUGCAGUAAAAAGGACCUGGAAAACAGCCUGGAAAAAGGAGUGGGGAUGUGUCUCUUUAACCUGCCUGAAGUUAAGGAAUCAUUUGGUGGACAGAAGUGUGGGAAUGGCUAUGUGGAAGAUGGAGAGGAGUGUGACUGUGGGGAACCUGACGAAUGUACAAAUCGUUGCUGUAAUGCUACUAGCUGCACUUUGAAAGCAGAAGCAGUGUGUGCCCAUGGACUUUGCUGUAAAGACUGCAAGUUGAAGCCAGCAGGGAUUUCUUGCAGAGACUCAAGUAAUUCCUGUGAUCUUCCGGAGUUCUGCACUGGAGCCAAUCCUCACUGCCCAGCUAAUGUAUAUUUACACGAUGGACAUCCAUGCUACAGAGUAGAUGGGUAUUGUUAUAAUGGCAUAUGUCAGACUCAUGAACAACAAUGUGUCACACUCUGGGGACAAGGUGCUAAACCCGCCCCUGGGAUCUGCUUUGAGAGAGUCAAUUCUGCAGGUGAUCCUUAUGGCAACUGUGGCAAAGACGCCAAAAGUUCCUUUGCUAAAUGUGAACCCAGAGAUGCUAAAUGUGGAAAAAUUCAGUGUCAAGGGGGAGCAAAUCGACCUGUAAUUGGUACCAAUGCUGUUUCCAUAGAAACAAAUAUCCCGCUGCAGGAAGGAGGCAAGAUUCUAUGUCGUGGUACCCAUGUGUACUUGGGAGAUGAUAUGCCUGAUCCUGGUCUCGUUUUGGCAGGCACAAAAUGUGAAGAUGAAAAAAUCUGUCUUAACCGCCGGUGCCAAAAUACUAGUAUAUUCGGUGUUCAUGAAUGUGCAACAAAAUGCCAUGGACGCGGAGUCUGUAACAAUAAAAAAAAUUGUCACUGCGAAGCUGACUGGGCCCCUCCCCAUUGUGACAAGCCAGGGUUUGGUGGCAGCAUGGACAGUGGACCAACCAGACAAGCAGAUAAUAGAAGUUUAACCAUAGGAAUACUCGUAACCAUUCUGUGCCUUAUUGUUGCUGGUUUAAUCAUGUAUCUCAAAAGGAAGACUUUGAUUAGACUGCUAUUUACAAAUAAAAAGACAACAAUAGAGAAACUAAGGUCUGUGAGUCCAGCAAGGCCUUCCAGUUCAUUUGAGCCUAAUCAUGUUCAUACUACAACUCUCAGUAAAAAUCUAGUCAUAAAGCCACAAAAUUUAAACAUACAUCAGAGAGAUGGUCCGAGAAGAUUGCUACCAUAUCAGACUACUGACAUCAGUAACUCUGUAAAGACAUCUGAUUUACAGCGGUCAAAAACACCCAAGCGAGUCCUACCACCCCUUCACCAGCUACCCUGUCCUCAAACUGUACCUGCACGACCACUGCCAGCUAACCCAUCUCUUAGGCUUGCUCAGGAAACUCUCAAACCAAACCCUCCUCAAAAGCCUUUGCCAGCAAAUCCUCUGAACAAAACUGCUCGGUUUAACAAUGCCUCCAGCCCAAUAUUUGGACAUCAGAAACUUGUGCCUCACAUUACUCCUGCCUGUAAGGUUAGUUUUGCUAAUCAAAAUGUUUUUUAUGACCUAUAGCAAAUACUUUACUGGAAGUUGUAGACUCUCCCUUACUUGGAGCUGACUUACCAUAUUUUUGGAAAAACCACCAUUCUCUCCAUUUAAAUGGUCUGUCAUCAAAUAAGGUUCCCUGCAACUCCCUUACCUAUAUAUUAGCAUUGUGCUUGUAUCUUACUCUGGUAGUAAACAAGUAUAUCACAGAGGAGAUAAAAAAUGAAGACAUCUAUUAUACAGCAAUGAGUUAUAUUCUAACUGCACAUAAAAUACCAUUGUAGAGUACCUUUAUUUAUUACCAAGAUACAUAGCAAUCAUUUUCUCUGUGUUUACCAAAUAUGUGAAAGAUAGGGCCAGAGUCUCAGCUACUGUAAAUAAAUGUAGCUCUAUUUUUUUCCAAUGCCAUUUUAUUACCAGCUGAGGAUCUGUCUUUAAACACCUAAUUCACUUUAUUUUUUAAACUCUUAUGUAAUAAUAAUUUCAUAUUGUACAUUACUCGGACUUUAAGGUCAGAAGGGACCAUCGUGAUCAUCUAGGCUGACCGCCUGCAAGGAAUGAUGAAGAAAGACUGUGGCAAGGAGCGCAAGAAAGAGAUAGAGAGCAUUACCCUACAGCCCUCAUGAAGGCAAAACUCAUGCAAGAGCUAUAUGAUCUUAUAUAAUGUAUGAAAGACCGCAUGCAGUAACUUUGCACAUUGAGAUGAUAUUCUGCUGUAUCAACAAUGCUUUAUUGGCAGGCACCUCCUUUAAGGAAGCUUGCCAUUAUUUUAUAGUUUCAGCAUUACCAGAAAGUAAUGUAGUUGGCCGUGGUUCAGAAAUUUAGUGUCACAAAGGAUGCAAGGAUUUCAUUACAUUACUUGGGAAGAAUUCUUGGUGAAUAAAACAGAAUAAAACUAAAAACAUACAAGAUAAAUAAGUUCAAACAGGCAUAGCAAAGAUUUACAGUAAAAUCAUCCAUACUGUAGAUACAGAAAAUUGUUUAGAAGCUUCAGUACUUUGCUUUGUGAUUUCUGUGUCAACACGCGAUUUAAUCUGUGCCCAUUAAAGAAAAACAAAUACAGUUUUUCUUUCAAAAUCAGGUCAUUUUGCAGUGACUUUUCAUGAGGAAAACUGUGUGGCAAGAUGAGUGUUUGUUUUUACGAACUCCUGCCCCCCCACCAAAAAAGCGAACAAACAAGCGGAUAGUGACGUUGCAGCACAAACUGAGACACUGAAGUGUGAUUCUGAAAAUCUUCAGUAGCACAAAAGAGAUGUCUCUUACAGCAGCUGCUUCGAAAGAAUCCAGUAGUUAGCCUUUUCAGACAGCACAGUACUGCUGCAGACAACUAGAACUGGGGAUGAUAGCAUUGCCACCUUUUUGAAAGAUGAUAGCAAUUUAACAGAGACUCAUAUUUGAUAGGAAGUUUGGGGUUUUUUUUUUGACUAGUGUAGCCCUGUAUGUAGGAAAUGUACACUGAGAAUCUUCAUUAUAUUCCUCCCUUAGCCAUCUCAGCCCCAUACCUCCUCCACACACAAACAUUUAAUCCUUUUAGGUGGUAUUUUAAAGGGUACCUCCUAGACCGUAUCUUCACUAGGAAGUUUUAUCACCCUUUGUCUAGAAAGUCUCACCCGUGUUAAUACUGGUUCAUCUCCACCAAUGGUAGCACCAGUGGGGGAUCCAGUGUAAAUAAGGCUCCAUUAACUUCCAAAUUUCCAUUUUAUUAUUGUAUCAUGUAACCCUAGAGUUUAAAUCUUCUACGUAUUAAAAAAAAUUAUUCUCAAAGAAAUAAAAAUAAUGGAGUUGGAAGCAAUAGCAGUUCUACCCUGAGGCACCUAGGGUGAUGCUCUGCUCAGAAAAUUGAAAAAUAAAACCAAAACAACAUUUUACUUUCCUAAUAAUUCUGUACGUUAUGCAUAGCUCUUAACUUACCAGUAUUACUCUUCCAUGUGGAAGAUCCAUGGGAGGGAGAGAGGAGUUCCUCCAAGACCCUGUAUUGUGUAUUAUGCAUUCCAGUAAGAUGCUCUUAAGAAGCAGUAACAAUACUUCAAGGUGGCCACCCACACAUCUUUGAACUGGUAGCUACAGUACAGGACUAAGAGGCAUUUUUUAAAGUGUCCUAAAUUAAGUGACCCCAUAGGGAGCUAAGGAAGGUUAUAACACACACCUAGAACUUAAGCCUAGUUCUGCCACUGGUCAGAGGGCAAUAUUUUAACAGCUGAAGGGACUUGUUUGAGGGUCACACAAGGAAUCUGCUUCUAGAGCAGACAUGAUGGUAGCUUCAAAAGAAGUUGGAUGUCCUACCUUUUUCCAACAUAAAAGUUCUGUGCUGCUUCUUCACAAAAUGAAGAUAAAAUUGGUAAAUCCCUUUAUUGCUGAAUGAAUUAAGCUAUACAUAUCCUAAUGCCAAAAUUAAAAAUAGAAGUUUAACAAUUUCUGACAUUUUCAUUUAUAUAUUUCUCAUCUUUUUUUUAAACAGACCUGCACCUAAACAUCCACAAGUGCCCAGAUCCAGCAACACUGCCUAUGUGAAAUGACAAGAAAAUCUGACACCUUUCUGAAAAAAGUGAAGACAGAAGUUUGCACUAUCUUUAAACUCCAACUAGAGUGGGUUUAAAAAAAAUAACAAUACUUCGAAUUUUUAAUGUUUAAAACGCCAUUAUUUUUAAGAACUCUGAGCUACUGCUUUUGGUGCUGUGCUGUGCUAUGGUGCUCAUGUACUUGCUCAGGUACUUGUAAAUUAUUAAUUUAUGAUGAAUAUUUAUUACAGUGCAGUGCACUGUAGUAGAUAUUUUUUACCAUAGCUGAGUUUUCCUAGGAAGGAAGCCUUUUUUAUAAUAUUUCAAUGAACUUGAAACAUUCUGCUUUGUGUCUUAUGUAGAGUGUUUAGUUUUGAUCUAUUCUUUAUAGAGUACUGAUACUCAUGGAUAAAUCAAUGGAUAAACAACUCUAGUGAUCUCAAUGGUUUAUAACAAACCUGUGAAUGAUUACAUCAGGGUGAGCCAUGGUUUUCUGGAAUACAGUGAAAUGCCCGAUAUCUGCACAUGAAUGUAUACCGUAUCUGUUUAACCAAAAUAACUGUUACUAGUUGUACUGUAAUUUCAAGAUGCCUGGUAUCACUGUUUGAAAUUGUCAGGAAAUCUGUGCUUAAAGAGAGCAUAUUGGUUUUGGACAAAUACUGUAUAUCAUAAAAUUGUAUUUUUAGCUCACGGUUUUAUCAAACUCAACACAAUCGUUCCGUAUCAAUGCAGAUUCAGGCCUUCCAAUGUAAUCACAUUUUUUGGUGCUUUGGUAAUUAGAUAAAUUCAAUAUCCUAUAAGAUAGUGACAUCUUACUAUGCAAUAUAACUAUACAGUCAAAUACAUUAAAAACACUAAGAUGCUAUAUUUACAAAGAAUUGUUUUAAAAAUAGAUUAUAUGCAUUUCUGCUGCCUCACUUCUGCUUAUCAACUGUAUUUUACAUAUUUACUGCUGUUUUGUAUCUAACUUCUAAAAUGUUAUUCUGUCUGUCGCUGAUGGAUUUUUCCCAAAAUACUCAUACUCCUGUGAACGAAGUGUUAAAAAGAUGUCUUUAUACUAAAGUACAUGAGGUGUCUGAAAACAGACAGGAUCUUCAUAUCUCUUGAGCACCAUUCAGUGUAAAAAGGAAAGCUACUUUUGCCCUUCAUCUGUACAUCGAAUCUUCAUCAAAAAGCAGAGAUUGGAAAUCAAUACCUUUCUGAUUUCUGUUUUGUAUUUCUUAAAGCUGAAAUUGUUAGAGGAAUAUUUUUAAGUCCUACUUUAGUUCCCUCAAAUCACCAUGUGGUGGGGUUCAUCUCUUUUACAGUGAUAAACAAUCAAGCUACUACUGACCAUUGCUCCAUAUGUGGGUUAAAUUAUAUUAGGAAAAUGGUCGUAUUGCAGCAAAGGCUCACAGUGACGACUCCUCCCUAGCUUUUCCCACUACGCUAACCUAGCCCAACUAGUGCUGUAAACACCUUCACUGUGAGUGUAGAUGCAACAAAUUCAUUUUCAACACUGCUACUGGAAACAUGAGUGUGUGUGCAUUGUGUGAGGUCUCUUCCACACUCUUCCUGUAACGCUGCUAAAAAUAGUUUGUUUCACCUACGCUAUCAACAAACUCUUCUUUUCAAUACAAGUUGAAAGGGACUAAGUGGGAGCCAUUACUGACAUUAUUGUCAGCAAUGGGUUAGUUUCAUGUUUGUUUCUUCAAGCAGAAAGAAACGUACAGAGGCCUUUGUAUCUCAUUUCAGUGAGUGUAACUCGACUUAACUUUCUCAGUCUCCACUGUAUCAAGGCAACAAUAUAGCAGCCAGGUUUACGGAUGAACUAAACAGCUAAAUCCACAUUACCAACAAAACAAAUAAACCAAAAUAGAAUCCUCCUCAAAGACAUUUCAGUUCCUAAAACAUGCAUAUUUAAUAAAAUUACCAGUGAUUUAAUUUAUAAGACAUCCUGGAAAAUGCUAACAAAAUAUUUAUGAUAAACAUGGAGAAUUUCUGAGGGUGGUUGCACUCUACUUUCUUUUAUAUUGGAUUUGGCAAACACCAAAACCAGGUGCUGUUGUGGCUAUUUAAGCAACCUUUUUAUGAAUUUUGGAUAGGUAUUUUUCUUUUGUUUUUAAAAGCCUUAACUCCUUACUGCUAGCAGUGGCAUCUUGUUCUGUUGCCAGAAUUAGGAAAAUACAUCACUUUUAAAACAUACUAGGGUUCAUAUGGACACUUCAGUCCUUUAUAGUCCUUUUUUAGGCUCCCAUUGACUAUACUGUAUCAAAAUAUUUCUGUAUUUCUGAUAAUGUUUAAAGUGUGGCCACAUUGAAGUGAAUGGCAACACACCCAAUGACUUUAGUGGGGCCAGAAUUUUACCUGAAGGUUAGCUCCUCAGCUGAUGUACAUCAGAGCAGUGUUGACUUCAAGGAGCUGUAAUAUUUUACAGCAGCUUGGGACCUGACUCCUCAGAUCAUACUGGAGUAAGUUUUCAGUAUGAUAUGCAGGGACUUAAUCCUAAAACGUCUAUUAAUAUUAAAAGGACACAAAAUCUUCUGUAUUUUUUUCUUUGUGAUAAUACCCUUCUGAGGUAGAAAAGUAGUCAGCAUUUUUGCAGAGCUUUGCACAUGUAAAGUAUUCUAUCAAAGUGUUCUAGUUUUAGAAAAUCCCAACAACAUUAUUUGAAAGUAAAUAUUUUUUCUUCAUUAGCCUUUGGCAAACAUUAAACUUUUCCCAUGUUUGUAAUACAACAGAAGACAAUAUGGCUUUCUUUUUUGUCUAUUUCCUUAUUUAUGUAUUAGCUUCCCUGCAUAAUUGUGUGCAGUGAUGGAAAUACUGUUUAAUUUCUGCUUCAGAGUCUGCAAAGGAAGCAUGGAGAGUACUAAAAAUUAUGGCAGUAAGCCCGAUAAAGGGGUUUUUGAGGGGAUUGGGGUUUUUUGUUUGUUUUUGCAACUCUUUCUUGAUUUCUCAGUGAAAAGGUUAUACUCCAGCAGAUUGUGAACAGGUCAAAUUAUGGGCCUAUAUAAUAGUGGUCUCAAGAGCUGAGAGGCUAAUUUUCCAGUGCCUGCAACUGACAUUUACAACUUAAUGCUUUCUGAAAAUAAGAUAUUUCAAGACUAACAAGCACCAGGAGACAAAUUCUUCCCUGGUGUAACUCCAUGCAGAUGCACCAGGGAGGAUUUUUGGCCACUAUAUAUAAAACGAUUACAUGUCAAAAUAUGUAAAGAGUGUACACUACCUUACAAUCUAAAUUUCUUCAAGUUCACCAUCAUAUGAACCACACAAUCAACAAAAUAUAAGCAAAUAAUGGCCACUUGCAGGGGGAACACUUUUAUGCCUUCGUAACUUUACUGGGCAUUGUGAAACUAAAAUUAAAGGCCAUUGUCCCUUGUAAUUGGCAAAAUUAUGUGACAAAGUGGCACACAAUGUAAAAAUCAGACUGCUGCAAGGAAGCUAAUGAUUUGAACUGGUAAUCUGUAGUGGUGCUAAGGCUUAUUAGGGUGAUACACGUAUAAUUCUUUAAGACUACUUUUGUGAAAGAUGUAUUAGCAAGAACAAUUUAAACACGAUAUAGAGGAACAGAAGUUGCAUGACUAGUCUGAAAGUUUUUAAACCAGAUCAACUUCCCCUCACCAUCAUCAAUGUGUUUAAACACAAAGGUACACUUCUUAAAUAACCUGGAUAAAAAAAGGUUCCAUUUGCAUAUGGUUUAUGAAGAAUUAAUAGAUGUGACUACUCAUGUUUUGAAUAUGCUUGUGUAAAACCAACAGACUCCGGUCAUCAGGCGGGAUCAAACCUGGGACCUCUGGAGCUUAGUUCAUAAUCCUCUACUGUAUGAGCUAAAAGCCAUAUGGCUGUUAGCUAAGGCUGUAGAGCAGACUCAAUCUCUCUCUACGUGGUCUCACUGUCACCAGAUGGGACAGAACACCAAACCCAGAAGGUGUAUGGGUUACACUUGCAUAUUACAGGUGGUUAUAAGCACAUCAGUAGAUGUCUGUAAGCCACAAGUAACCUAUUAACCUGUUGGAUUCUAUAACAACUGAUUAACCAUGUAUCAAAGCAUCUGUUAAUCACCCAUUAACUUUUUAAAAACUAUUUAUAAAUGGAACCUUAAAAGUGUAACCAGCAUCUCUAAGCAAUACCCCUUUAACAAGCUGGAAUUCCAAGCAUGAAUAUUGCAAUGCCAAAUUUACAAAUGCUUCAUGAAUCCAGUGAGGUUGUGUGUAUAGCUCUUAUUACAGGAUCAGAUCCUGAGUUAACACCCAUGCUGACAAAACAGAUUUACAAGGAUCAUAGAUGGGUUAAAACUAAUCUGAACCAUAACAGUUAAGUCAUGAUACUUUAAGAUUGACUUUCACAUGAUCUUGCUUUUUGCUUAUAUGACCUACAGUGAGAUGAUGCAUCAUCACUAAUCAGACAACUCUUGCUAUCCCAAGAUUCAUCUUAAGUCUGCAUGAGAAAUCUCUGAAAAAUACCUUUAACCAACUUGUAAACUAAUAAUUUACAACUACUUAAAACUGCUGACUAAACAGGGGGAUAUAUAUCAAAGGUUAUUAAACAUUUAAACUUCUUAAAGCAAAACAGCUCAAGCAUAUGUAAUGAUUUUGAGAUUAAUUUUACAGUUAAAGGCUAUGAUACAAGUAUGUAUGACCUACUUGAGACUUGCUGACUCAUGUCCUGGUUUGGAAAUGCCAGAGAGAUCUGGACCCUUUGAAAGCAUUCCCACAUUCUAGAGAGGUAAAAACUUAAUGCUUUGUUGCUGCUGUUACUGGUAAACAACACUCUCAUAGAACCUGGGGAAGAGCACGUACCUGGGCUUUCCACAGAGCAAUGCAUAAAGGUGCAUUAUGUUAGUGCAUGGGACUGGAAGUACAAAUGACCAUCAACAAACCAGUGAAAAUUACUAAAUAUGCGAAGUACAAAAACUGUAUAAAACGGAGACAGAUAUGGGGUUUUCCCAUCUAAUGUCUUUCAAUUUUAGUAAUCAUAGGUGUUGCUUUUAUAUAGAUACAGGUUUUCAUAUACUAGUGUAAUUUUUCCACCUGCGUGUCUUCUUUUAAAUGCCUAGUUAGUUCAAAGCUGCUGUACAUGGCUUUUUUCCUGGCAGGUACUUUUUUUAGCAUCAGUUCUGUUUGGUUCUGAUUAUUUGAAAAUCCAACGUUAUUGCACUAUUUGCUAAUGCCCAAUAAAUGUUACUAGUUAUAGUUUGUUUUUAAUGCAUUUAGACAUUUACAAUAAAGUUGAAGGAAGAUUUAUUCGUUAAUUAUCUUUUAGUACACUAGGAAAUUUACUUUUGUAAACUCAUUAGUGCCAGAACUCAUUCUACAUACAGAUUAUCCCUUCUGAACAGCAACUAAAUAAAUCUAUCCACAAGAGAUUAUGCCCCUAUGGAUCAUCAUCACAUGUUGCAAAAUAUAACUAAAUAUGAAUGUAGCUAACAGAAAAAGAAAUAAAAUACUAAUCUACUACACAUUUAAGAGAGCGUGGGGUCUAAUGGUUUAAAUAUGGGAAUAAGAAUUGGGAGAUCCUGAAUUUUCAUCCUUUUCUUGAUACAGAGUUCUCUUUUUGAUCUUACACAGUUACUUAACCUCUCAGCAUCAGUUUUUCCCAUCCAUGAAAUGGAUAUAGUAACACUUAAUUAUCCAAUUCAUAGGGUGGUUUUGAAGCUUAAUUAGUUAGUAGUUACAAAGCACUUUAAAAACCAUUAAAGUGCUACACGUUAUCUAAGUCACCUCAAACUUUCAUCUCGCUGUCAAAUUCCUGCUUUCGCAUAGACUCUUCUGGAUGGUGUUUGCUUCUCCAACAUACCUGAAUAUGCCUUUCCAAUAUACAUUCACAUCUAUUUCAAACCAACAGAGACUUUUGUAUGUAUUAAUUUAUGUUUUUAAACAAAGCAUUAAAAAGUGUGACCAGUGACUGUAAACAAUCAUUAACAGAGCAGUCACAGAAAAAUAUUUUUAAAAGCACUUUAAGGCAGGAUAUAUAAAAAUACAAGGCAUGUUUUCACUAGGUUAAACUCUGGGGAAAAAAGGUGCUAUUGUUCUAAAAAAAAAAAAUGUAGCAACUGAUAAGUAAUUUUAACUGUUUAAACUGCAGACCAUUUAGCACAGUAUGAUCUGAGAUUAAAGCUACAUAAACCAGCACAUUACUUUUUAUGAACCAUUCAUUUAUCAUGCUUCAGUUAAACUUAAAUGUGCUUAACUUUUUCACACACUUAACUAUAUAACAGUUUGUGUUACUUUUGUACACAUUUCUUAUAGAAUUUGUUAUUUUAAGAUAUUACAAGUGAACACAAUGUAAUGCUGCAAUAGCAGGACACUCUAUUCAUUGUUAAGAAUACUAUAUUCAAUAAACUGUAAACACA